AAAAAAAAAUUUUUUUUUAUUACUCUGCUAUCUUGAAAUAAUAAUAAACACAAUGAGCCAUCACUGCCAUGAUGAGCAUUGCGAUCAUGAUCAUGAUGAUUUACCAGGAUCUGGGGAUCAAUUUUUACUCUAUUCAAAAAUUGAUCUUGACAAUGUACGUUGUCUGAAUGAAUCAGAACCAGACAGUGGUAAAAAAGUUAUUCGACCAUGGAAUGAACGAAUGGAUGAUACAAAGUUUGUAGAAAGUGAUGCUGAUGAACAACUUAUUAUCUUUGUUCCUUUUACAGGAAGUAUUAAGUUGCGUUCAAUUUGUCUUCGUACAGAUCGAACUGAUGCAGCUCCAUCAAAAAUGAAAGUAUUUAUUAAUCGUGAUGAUGUUGACUUUGAUGCAGCAGAAAGUUAUACGCCUAUACAAGAAUUUGAACUUAUAGAAGGUUCAAAUGAAGUUAUUGAAUAUGGAACUAAAGCCACAAAAUUUGCAAGUGUCCGAAAUAUAACUCUAUUUUUCCCUGAAAACUUUGGAAAUGAUUCAAGUAUUAUACGAUACAUUGGUUUUAAGGGUGAAUGGAAAGAGGUUAAGCGUGAUCCUAUUAUUACAGUAUAUGAAGCAAAUGCUAAUCCUGCUGAUCAUAAAAUUACUGGUGCUGAAACAAGAAUGGAUCAUUCUAUUCAAUAAAAAAAUAAAAUAAAAUUUUUACUAAGGAGGAUGUACAUUUUAUCAAGGGAGAAAAUAGCAGAGCUUUGAUUAGAUUAAAACCUGUCUUUAUUAUUAUUAUUUAAAGAAAGUAUAAUGAUAUAAAAAGACUACUCAUAGUUAU